ACGCUUGUCUCCUCUACAUAAGCUGCAUCUGUGCAGCUAACAGAAGAAGAAGAAUACACGAAAAAGUGUCUGCAAACCCUAAACAGAAAUUUGAGCUUUCCUCUUUGCAACUGAGUUCGAAUCGCUCUUCAAUUCGCCCUUUCUGUAAAUUAGAGAAGUUUGUAGAAUAAUUCUUUGGAAGAAACAAAAACGAGAGAAAGAGAUGGAGGAUGUUAUACCAGAGUCUGAAAGCCUGCUGCUUCCGGUGAAUCUCCGCCAUACAAAUGGCGGAGCCAAAACAGAAGGUCAUGGAGCUGUUAAUGGAGGUGAAGGGACGGAAAAAGGGUACAUUCACAGCGAGCAAGGUGAGGGCAAAGAAGUUGAUGCAGAGAAGAAAAGCAUGAUCGAAGGUACUGAGGAGGAAGAAGAAAAGGGAGGUGGUGGGAUUAUAACACACCUUAUAUCUUUAGUUUCUUCGGGGAGCGUUCCGAAAGGCGGGGAUGCUGGAAAAAGAAAAGGUGAGUUUGAAGUCGAUGAUGUGGGAAACGAGGGGUUUUCUAAUAAGUUGGAGAGAGAGGGUGGUGGUGGUGGUGAAAAUGGUAAUGGAGGGGUUUUCUCAAAUCUCAUCUCCAACUUUUUUAACCAGAGUAAUGGCGGCGGAGGAGGAGGAGGAGAGGUUGAUGAGGUGAACAAAGAAGCUGAGAAUGUGAUGAAGGAUAUUGGGAAUAAGAGGAUGAAGACGGCAGAGGAGGCGGAGGAGGGUGGCGGUGGAGGUGGCAUCAUUGACAACAUUGUCUCUCACUUGCCUACAAAACUUCCAGAUGAUGCAGCUCCGACAGCGGAUGAAGCCUCCAUUCUUAUUACCUCGAUUGUCAAAGACUAAGCAGGCAAUGUGUGCCUACUAGUACAACAAGUGCCUGUAUUUUAUUUUCUUUCCCUUCCAAAUUGUUGUUGUUUUCUGUUUUUUUUUCGAUUUCGGUGUUGUUGUUUUUGUGGUAAAUUGUUAAUGUUAAUGUAUGUUAUGAUUUGGUAAGGCUCUCUGUAUUGAUUUGAUACAAGAAUGGCAUUGGAAAACUCACUAGUU